AGAAAAUGCAGUAAGGGCAGAGUUUUGAAAGACUCAAAGGGCACUUAAGAAGAUGCUUUCACAGAUGAGAUGAGUUCGGCUGCCACGAAGGCCUAGAACUGUCUGUCAAGGAACAGUUCUGCACAGGCAAUAUACGAAUGGCCCAAGGAAGCCCGCAAGUUGACUUUCAGGUUUUAAAUGACCUGCGGCAAAAAUUCCCAGAGGUUCCUGAAGUUGUUGUUUCUCGGUGCAUGCAGCAGAACAAUAAUAAUCUGGAUGCUUGCUGUGCCUUUUUAUCCCAAGAAAGCACAAAAUACCUGUACGGCGAAGGAGAUCUGUCUCUCUUGGAUGAUCCUAGCAUUGUGGGCCUAAGAAACCACAUGACUUCCCUCAAUUUGGAUUUGCAGUCACAGAAUGUGUACUAUGAUGGGAGGGAAGCCAAUAGGACGAAUGGAAACAGUAGGACACUGACUCACAGCAUAAGUGAUGGGCAUAUUCAGGGAGGGCACGCUGAUGAUGACCUGCACCAGCAGGAGCCACAUACUGCACCUCCUCACGUGCAUCCUAACUUUAAUGUCUUCGGGAUGACGAAUACAAUUAGUUCUUCAAAUCCUGGACAUUUUGGACUUCAUGUAGGCAGCAAAGGUCCAUCAGUGUUACAAACGCCUAGGUUCAGCCCUAUUAUGGUGACUUUGGCUCCAAAUAUUCAGUCAAACCGUAAUGCCCCUACAUCUUUGCACAUACAUGGUGUGCCUCCACCAGUAAUAAAUAAUCCACAAGGAAACUCUAUAUAUAUUAGACCUUAUAUCACAUCUCAAAGUGGUACAACUAGACAGCCACAACAGCCAGGUUGGAUGUCUCAGGCACCUCAGCAGCCACAUCAAACCUAUCAGCCACCCCAGUCAAACCCCUGGACAACCCUCCCUUCUUCCCAUACUCAGCCACAUACCUCAGUGCAACAGUCAACGCAAUCAAGCCAGCAGGGCCAUCAGACUUCCCAUGUGUACAUGCCCAUUAGUUCACCGACCACCCCCCAAGCACCUAUGCUUCAUUCAUCGGGUGGUCUCUCUCAACCCUCCACGCAGUAUAACAUACAGAAUAUAUCAACUGGCCCAAGGAAAAACCAAAUAGAAAUCAAACUUGAACCUCCGCAAAGAAGCAAUUCAUCAGUCAUGCGUUCCACAGGAUCUCGGAGCUCCACAAACCCUUCUUCUAUGAACAGCCAUGCAAGAAAUCAGCCUACUGUUUACAUAGCAAGCCCUCCAAACACUGAGGAAAUGAUUGGUCGAAACCAGCCUAAAGUCUAUAUUUCCGGUCCGGGUGGGGACGAUCAGGUUAUAAGAAACCAGCCCACGCUCUUUAUAUCCACAAAUCCAGGGGCCUCAACCGCUACUCGAAAUGUUUCUGGACAAGUAAGCAUGGGGCCCGCCUUUAUCCACCAUCACCCUCCCAAGAGCCGAGGCCUAGGCAAUAGCAAUUCGGGCACCUCUCCUCGUGUGGUAGUGACUCAGCCCAACACAAAAUAUACUUUUAAAAUAACCGUGUCGCCAAACAAACCUCCAGCAGUUUCUCCAGGGGUAGUAUCUCCAACUUUUGAGCCUAAAAAUCUUCUUAACCUUCCUGAUCCAUAUGCGGAAUCUGAAGGUAUGCAACAUUUAACGGACCCUGCUUUGGGACACGAUCGGGUCAGCGAUGCAAGGAAACUUAGCGUUGGAUCCGAUGAUGCAGAAUAUACUCAAGCUUUACUGGUACAUCAAAAGGCAAGAAUGGAGAGACUUCAUAGAGAACUUGAGGUGCAAAAGAAGAAGCUGGAUAAACUUAAAACAGAAGUAAAUGAAAUGGAAAAUAAUCUGACACGGAGGCGUCUUAAUAGGUCGAAUUCGGUUUCCCAAAUUCCAUCGCUGGAAGAGAUGCAGAAAUUAAGGAGUUGCAAUCGACAACUGCAGAUUGAUAUUGACUGUCUCACCAAAGAGAUUGAUCUUUUUCAGGCAAGAGGUCCACAUUUUAAUCCUAGUGCUAUCCAUAACUUCUAUGAUAAUAUUGGAUUUCUAGGUCCAGUGCCGCCAAAGCCUAAAGGUACAGUAUCUGUUGAUCAACGGUCCAUCGUAAAAACGCCAAAGAAUGUGCCAGAUACAGAGGAAGAUGAGGGAGCUCAGUGGAAUUGCACUGCAUGUACUUUUUUAAAUCACCCUGCCUUAAACCGUUGUGAACAGUGCGACAUGCCCAGGCAUUACUGAGCCAGUAGAUCCUCAUACCCUUUUAUCCAUGGAAAUUAGGAGGAAAGUCAGAAGAGACCUUUUGUUAGCUAAAGCAACAAUUCUGGAAGAUAGGAUUACAUCUGAAGGUGUGGCCAUUUUUAUUCUUCAAUAGGUAAAGCGUCAGCCCGUAGAUAAUAAAUAAUACCUCAGUGUUGUAAUGUGUGCAGUUGGGAUUCCUUUUUUUUUCUUUUUUUUUUUUUUCUCGCUUUUUAAAUUGUCUGAUCAGUGAAAUGCUGAUAUACUAUGUUCCCAACUGCCUGUACCAUGUACAGUAUUACUAGUCAACCAAUAAGAUUUGUUCUUAUAGUGCCCUGUGUUUGGAUCUUUUCUCCUCACCAUCUCCACAAACCAGCUGGAUGUUUCGGAUAUCCAUUGCAAAGCCAAAGAGUUGGUCUUCUAUAUAUAAUUUUUUUUUUUAUUUUUUUUUUUUUUUGCUAAAUGCAAUCGGCUAAACACUACGGACACCGUGGAAUUGCAACUGGCUGUUACUUGCUGGUGCCACAUGGACCGAGGAAGGACUUCAUAGUUUAGUGUCUCUAGUUCCAGGAACCUCCCUUAACUUGUGAUGCCAGCAUCAGUCAAGUCUAACGGAAAAAGGAAAAA